AUGCAUUAGCAAUUUCUCGUAUGAUACGAAAACAAUAAAUAAUCCAUGCAAAAAUUAACGACAUAGGUUUUUGGUAGUCAUGGUAUGCGCAUGUUCGGGGUUAGCCGGAAGUUACAUUUAUAGUUGGAAUACAGUGUUGUCUUCAGAAACAAGCCAAACAAAAAACUAUUGUCCAUUUUUAUGAUGGCUACCAUCCCGAUCGCCAUUAGCAGAAUAAAGAGGGAAUUCAAAGAAGUUAUCAAAAGUGAUGAGAUUGCUAAGUGUGACAUCAAGGUGGAACUUGUUGAUGACCAGUACAAUGACCUGAGAGGCGAGAUAGCAGGACCUCCUGACACACCAUAUGAAGGGGGCACAUUCAAACUGGAUAUCAAAGUACCAGAAACUUAUCCUUUUAACCCGCCCAAGGUGAAGUUUGUCACCAAGAUAUGGCAUCCAAACAUCAGCUCAGUCACAGGUGCAAUAUGCUUGGAUAUAUUGAAAGAUCAGUGGGCCGCUGCCAUGACGUUACGGACGGUACUGUUGUCGUUACAAACGCUGCUGGCAGCUGCGGAACCAGAUGACCCUCAAGACGCAGUGGUAGCCCAGCAAUACAAGGAAGUGCCGGAGAUAUUUGUCAGGACAGCCAGGCACUGGACAUCAGUGUAUGCCGGAGGGCCAAAAAGAGAGGAAGAAUUAGAAAAAAAGGUUAUCAAGAUUGUCAACAUGGGAUUUGCAGAGGGGGAAGCCAGACAAGCUUUAUCAACAAGGAACUGGGAUGUUGAAAGGGCAACAGAGUAUCUCAUAGAUCAGCAGUCCUAAUACAAUGUUUUUAGUAAUUAUAUCACCAUGCAUCUAUUACACAUAACUAUGGUUGAAAGACUGGGACACAGUGAAGGGUCUUAGAGAGUAAUGGUGUUCAAAGUGGAGUGUGAUUAUAUACUGAUAGUCCAACAGUAAAAGGAAUCCUUGAAAUGUAUCAAAGUUUAUAGGAUGAAUUGGCUACAUUAUGAGAUCUCAUUAUGAGACAAUGACUUAAAAAAAUAAUAUACAAUGCUGGCUUUAAAGGUGGUUUCUCUCGUACCAAUAAGGCUGGGUGCCUAGAUGACUUUGUGAAAAGGGUAUUUAUUAUCACCAUGCAAGGAGACAAAUACAGAAGAUAAAUGUUGUUGUUAAUACUUCAUACUGUUGUAUUCACUAUGGUCUGCCAGAACCUGUGAAUGGCAGCUUUGCAAGUGUAGUCAUGUUUGACCAAACAAAUCAAACCAAUUUCUGGUUCCAGUGAAAGGGACCAGACCACUGUUCUGACCAGUAAGAGCUAAGGUUACAUUACCAAUAUUAAGAUUUUCUCCUGAGCACCAUGUACCACAGACCUGCGUAGAUCUACUCUACAUAUCUUCCAUAUCAAACAAUGGUAGCUUUUGAAGAGACUUCAUGCAAAACACAGGGAUCAUGUGACUUACAUGAGGCCUCAAUUGCCUAAAUUCUUGCAUGAGGUAAAUUUAUAUUCAUCACUAUCAUAUCACAGUGCAACUGUGUUUGCCCAUAGGGGAUGAAGGACAUAGUGUUUACAAGGCUUUGAAGUGUUGAUGAUGACGAAGUGUUUCACAUGUAUGACCUUGUGUGUUGCUGAAUUGAAGAUUUGCUAUGAAUACUAUGGUUUGGGAAUUGGACAAGUGUUUCUGAUGAUUGAAUCAUGGGAGUAUAUAGUCUCUUUGUGCCUCUGGAAGGUGUCGGUGAGAGAGUGAUAUUUGUAUCAAAGUUGGUUGAUUUGUCCAUAUUCUUGUUCAUGAGGGGUUAUUCUGUGGAAAAGCAGUUCUUUGAAGUGUAGGGUGUCAUUUUUAAAGCAUUGACCUCAGGCGCCUGAACAAUCUUUCAGUAUAUUAAUAAGUAUAAAAUCUAUGUACACGUAGAUCUAUAUCAAUUGCAGAACUGAACAGGAAAGAAAAGUAUAAGGGCA